AUGAUCACCCAGACAACUCUUCCGGAUGGGACGCUGACGGAGCGAUUGUAUAAGUUGGUAGGCGAGCAGCAAUUCCAUGGGGCCGUUGCUCUUCUAAUGGAUCUCUUGCAUAGCCGUUCAAACCCUGCUGAUCAGAAGCUGUGCUAUUCUUUGCUCCCAAUCCUUGGAUACUGCUUAUAUAUGGCAGAGGACUUUGAAGCGGCAGGGGAAGUUUACAACCAGUUGUUUGAAGUAUUCCCAGCCGUUGGGGAAUAUCAGCACGGCGCACGAAGGGUGCACUUACACCAGUCGAGGCAGCACUGUUUGAAUCAGCAGCCCUUUAUCGAAGCGGGAGCUUUGAAGAAGGUCGUAGAGUGGCUGCUGCAGCGAAUGUUGAAAAUGGAUGGAGUGGCGGCAGCUAAUCUCUGUUGCGCUGUGGAUAUUCUUCAAGGCCGUUUGCGUACUGCAAAUGAACACUUGCUUUUGUUGUCUUCAAGCACCGCGACGACAAAGGCUGCCUUGGGAACCGACUACGUGACACUUCAUAACCAGGCGCUAAGCCUUGCUACCACCGAUCCAACAGAGAGCAUUAGAAUACUCGCAAGCCUUCUUGAUGAGCGGUUCGCCCCUAAGACAACUGUGGCAAACCUUCUCAUUCUGUAUUGCAAAUACGGACACUUUGAAGCAGCUGAAAAACUUGCGGCUUCAUUUGGAGAAGUUAAUCUUGGUGACCUGAAUGAAUGCGAAACAGAGUUCUUGCGGAACUUUAUGCUGGAGAUAUCCGCAACAUGCUGUACAACAAGCGUAGUCGAAAGGAGCGCCUCAACUGCACUUCAAGAAUACAUCGACACUUUGAUCCCGGUGUUAGUGACACUGGCUGAAUCGUAUAUUGCGGACGGGAAGCUGUCUAAAGCAGAAGCGCUGCUCGGUUCGUAUGGAAGCAUGUGCGGUGACAGCAAUUACUGGAAGAUUAACAUGGGGCACAUUCUCUUCAUGCAGAAAAAAUAUGACAAGUGCCUCUCGUUUUAUGAAGACGGCGUUCGAACGGACGUAUGCGGACGGGCGCUUCAAGGGUGGGAAGUUGUUGCUUUGACGAAUGCAUUGGCUGCGAACAUCCUUCUAGGGCAUAUAGAUCAAGCUCAACAGCUUCUCAAUCUCUUGAACGCAAGUGAGCAGCUCGAUGUUCGAAAUGCCUCAACCGCAUCGGGGUGGAAUGAUUCGAUUCCGCAUUCUUCCGUUGCCAAGCUCAUCGUGGGCACCUUGUAUUGCGCUGAAAAAGCUUAUGACUAUGGCGUAAGGAGCGUUUUGGAGGCCUUAGAUCCCAUGGAGAGAGCCCUCAACGUGAACACAUGGGGGCACUGUAAAGCUUGCAUUGGAUCGCUUUUGACCGAUGUGGCGUUAGGAAACUUUAUCCUAGAUUAUGAGCUUAAGCGAAACAUUGCAGCAGUUUUGCUCCGAAUCGAAGCAAAGGCACGAAGCCUCCCGUGCAUUGGGGUAGGCGAAUACGAAAUGAAAUGCCCGCAACGACCCACUAAAGGCCUUGUUGGGGCCGUUCGUACAGCGGUUCCUAUGUUUGUAGAAAUUGUGGCUGUUGAGUAUCAUAUUGAAUCCAAUGCUGUGGAACGUCUAGUUGAUGAUGAGAUUAAGACCUCUUGA